GCGGUUGGAUAGCCCCCGUCUGUCUGACCACGCACCUGGAGCGCGAGGCACGGACCGCAGCACAAUCGCGUUCGGUUCACAGGCUGGUUCCGGAGGUUGUUGGUCAAACCCCGCCGCAGUGCCUCUGGGCAGGUUGGUAAGAGAGGAUAAAUAAGACGAAACGCGCAGAACGCAGCGGGCGAAAGGGCUAUUUGCUUGUUUCCUUCGCUGCUAAGAAAGAAAGCAGCGGUCGGAACAACAGACAGCCGAGAACGCCGCACCGAGACCCGCCUGGACCCGCUUCAUUGUCUCUGACCGUGUGGAUUAUCUGUGAGGAUGUCUUGUAUGACCGUGCUGUUGUUGCUGCCAGUCCUGUGUAGCAUCACAAGCACCUCCAGCGCUGCAUCCUCAGCAUCCCGAAAGUGCGAGGACAGCUUGGCCACUCCUCUCCCCUACAGCUCCUUCACCAGCUCAUCAGUGUAUGCCCGAGGAUAUGGAGCUGGUUAUGCCAAACUCAACAGGAAACAAGGUGCUGGAGGCUGGUCCCCCUCGGAUGCAGACCGUUACCAGUGGUUACAGGUGGAUCUGGGUUCUAGGAAGCAGGUGGUUGCCAUAGCGACACAGGGUCGCUAUGGUAGCUCUGAUUGGACUAGCAAGUAUCGGCUGCUUUACAGUGACACACAGAAGAACUGGAGGCCUUAUCUACAGGAUGGAAACAUCUGGACAUUUGAGGGGAAUGUGAACAGUGAAGGUGUCGUUCGCCAUGAGCUGCAACACGCCAUCUUGGCUCACUACAUCCGCUUCAUCCCAGUGGACUGGAGCAGGGAGGGACGCAUCGGAGUACGCCUGGAGCUGUAUGGCUGCUCAUAUUGGGCAGAUGUGAUCAGUUUUGACGGCCAUGGUGUCAUCUCCUACCGCUUCAGGAGUAAGAAGAUAAAGAUUGUGAAGGAUGUCAUCUCUCUUAAGUUUAGAACCACAGCUGGAGAUGGGGUCCUGGUCCACGGAGAGGGACAGCAGGGAGACUACAUUUCCGUGGAGCUCCGCAGGGCAAGACUGCAGCUCAGCAUCAACCUAGGCAGUAACCAGUACGGUUCCAUUCAGGGUCACACCUCUGUGACCAGUGGGAGCUUACUAGAUGAUGACCACUGGCACUCUGUUGUCAUAGAGCGGUACCGGAGGAAUGUCAACUUCACUCUGGACCAUCACACUCAGCAGUUCAGAACCAAUGGAGAGUUUGACCACCUGGACCUGGACCAUGAGAUCAACUUUGGAGGGCUGCCUGUAUCAGCAAAGCCGAGCUCAGGAGGCAGAGGGAACUUUGUGGGCUGCAUGGAGGGAAUCACCUACAACGGAGACAACAUCACAAACCUGGUCCGCAGGAAGAAGGUGGACACCUCCAGCUUUCGUAACCUGACAUUUUCGUGCGCUGAGUCCAACUCCUUCUCCGUCUUCUUCAACUCUACGUCCUUCCUGCGGCUGCCGGGUCAGAGCGACAGCGACACCCUGUCAGUCAGUUUGUCUUUCAGGACGUGGAACCCCAACGGGCUGCUGAUGUUCACGCCCAUGGCUGACGGCUGGGUGGAGGUGGGACUAACAGAGGGCAAGGUCACGGUCUACAUGAAUGUGACACAAAAGAAGAACACACGUAUUGACAUUUCAUCAGGUUCAGGUUUGAAUGAUGGCCAGUGGCACAGUGUCCAUCUGAACGCAUUGGAGAACUAUGCUAUGCUGACAGUGGAUGGAGACGAGGCCUCCACAGUCAGAACAGCCAUCCCCAUCCAGAUUCAGACUGGAGGAACCUACUACUUUGGAGGUAACUUCCUGCACACCAACACCCGAUCACUUCAGCGCUCAUUCCAGGGAUGCAUGCAGAUGAUCCACAUCGAUGACCAUCUAGCUGACCUCAGGGCUUUGGAGCAGGGCCUCAUUGGAACCUUUGAAAAUAUCAGCCUGGAUAUGUGUGCCAUUAUAGACAGGUGUGUUCCUCAUCACUGUGAGCACGGUGGUCGCUGUUCUCAGACGUGGGACACAUUCAGCUGCAACUGUAGCGGCACUGGAUACACUGGAGCUACCUGCCAUACAUCGCUGUAUCAGCAGUCCUGUGAGGAGUAUAAGCACCAGGGGAAGAGUUCAGGGAGCUACUGGAUUGACCCAGACGGCAGUGGACCGAUCACCCCCUUCAGAGUCAGCUGUGACAUGACAGAGGAAAGCGUUUGGACCACGCUAAAGAACAACCUAUCUCCUCAGACAUCAGUCACCAGUGCAGACCAGGAAGGGAAGGCAGACCUGCACAUCACUUACAAUGUGACUGAUGAACAGGUGUUGUCAGUCACCAGCAGUGCAGAGUACUGUGACCAGUAUGUAGCCUACGCCUGCCGAAUGUCUCGUCUGCUCAACACUCCCGAUGGUGUCCCAUUUACCUGGUGGGUAGGAAGAGCCAAUGAGAGGCACUCUUACUGGGGGGGUUCAGGACCAGGCAUACAGAAGUGUUCCUGUGGUAUCAACCACACCUGUACUGACCCCAAGCACUACUGCAACUGUGACGCUGACCUGCGCACCUGGAGGGAGGAUGCAGGCCUGUUGGUGUAUAAAGACCAUUUGCCAGUCAGGCAGGUUGUGGUCGGUGAUACAAGCAGAGCUGGAUCUGAGGCCAAACUGACAGUAGGGCCGCUCAAAUGCCAGGGGGACCGGAACUUCUGGAAUGCAGCGUCCUUCACCAGCCCUGCCUCACACCUCCACUUCCCUUCCUUCAGAGGACAAACCAGCACCGACAUCUCUUUCUACUUUAAGACUUCAUCCACUCACGGCGUCUUCCUGGAGAACUUGGGCACCACUGACUUCCUUCACAUUGAACUCAGAGGAGGCUCCGUGGUCUUCUUCUCUUUCGAUGUGGGCAGCGAGCGAGUGGAGCUCAGUGUCCACUCACCUGUGACUCUGAACGAUGACCAAUGGCAUCGUGUGGAGGCUGAAAAGAACAUCAAGGAAGCAGUGCUGCAGCUGAAUGGACAGUACAAAGAGGUCAGACCCACGCCCCCACAGGGACACACAAAGCUGGAGUUCUACAGCGAGCUUUAUAUUGGUGCCUCGAGUGGUCAGAGGGGUUUUCUGGGCUGCAUGCGGGCUCUGAAGAUAAAUGGUGUGACCUUUGACCUGGAGAAGAGGGCACAGGUAACUCCAGGGGUGAAUCCAGGCUGCCAGGGCCACUGCAGCAGCUACGGGAUGCACUGCAGGAAUGGAGGGAAGUGUGUGGAGCAGUACAACAGAUACUCCUGUGACUGUUCCCUCACUGCAUACGAUGGACCCUUCUGCACUGAUGAUGUAGGUGGCUACUUUGAGACAGGAACUUUGGUGCGUUAUGACUUCUUGCCAGAAGGGGGAACUCUUGCGUUGCAGGAGGUGAAGAGCACAUCAGGUGUAGGUGUUCCUAGUGAAGCCAACCUGACUCAAGAGGAGCUGGUGUUCAGCUUCAGCACCUCCAGUGCUCCCAGCAUCCUGGUCUACAUUAGCUCCAGAACUCAGGACUACCUAGCUGUGGUGCUCCGACACAACGGCACUCUCCAGAUCCGCUACAGUCUCGGUGGGCUAUCGGAGCCCUACACCAUCGAUGUUGACCAUCGUAACAUGGCCAACGGGCAGCCACACUCUGUCAACAUCACCAGGAACUUAAGGGAGAUAAGACUCCAGCUGGACCACUACUCAGUGUCUACGUACACCCUACCUGAGACCUCCGACACCCAGUUCAACUUGAUCAAAAGUAUCUUUCUGGGAAAGGUCUUUGGUAAGUGUGAAGAUGAGUAGAAGUGUGUUUGUGCAGAUUUCUUAGAGAUGUUGGGUGAAGUUGUGUGAUUUGAAUGAUGUGAACGACUUCAUUCCCUGCUCAAGUAGACACUCCUCCAUAUCUUUACAUAGAUAACAGUUGUUUGCUGCUGUAUUCAUGUUGUGAAUGUUAAAAACGGCUCCUUUAACGUUGCUAACAGUGUUAGCUGUGGUAGAUGUGUACAAGCUAGCUUGUUGGUUAGAUCAUUUAGUUCCAUUACAGAAAUAUUUUGUAUGUGAAGCAUGAACAAUGUUAGCAGCAAUACAUGCUGACAACUAUAAGAUAGGACAUGUACAGUGGGUACGGAAAGUAUUCAGACCCCUUUAAAUUUUUCACUCUUUGUGUCAUUGCAGCCAUUUG